CUGAAAAUAAAGCAGUUUGGGUCAUGAUCAGAUGGGUGACAGUAGCACACCAAAAGAAGAAUAUCGGUCGAUGUGUUUUAAUCAGCCUUAUAUGUGAGCUUUUGACCCAUCCAAUGAAAAUACCAGCCUUACAGAAGAUAAUGUUAGGAAAAUCUGAUGAACGACACGGAUCCCUCACAUGCACGUCUAUUUGUCACGAGAGGGGGGUGAGUAGAGCCGAUAUCAUGGCAUUCCUUCGGGAACUUCAACGGUUUUGUUUCGGACGUUGAGCGCGCGCGAGGGCAAUCCCGUAAAUUGCUUGUAGCAUCUUCUCUCUUGCCAAAAGCCGAAGACCGAUUUACCCUUCUUUUUUUCAUCACCAUAUUUCAUUCUCUGCCCAAGGCUCCAGUCCCUGUAAUUCCAGCCCUCAUUCUACUAUCUGCAAUCAGCAAUGGCUUCUGCUGCUGCUGCUACUGAAGACCCAAGCGACAUUGAUAAGCUCUACGAGUACGGCAAACGCCUCAGCGAGGCGAAGGAUAAAUCCAAUAACGUUAACGACUACGAGGGAGUAAUAAGGGCGGCGAAGGGCAGUAUCAAGGCGAAGCAGUUGGCGGCACAGCUCAUCCCGAGAUUCUUCAGCUUCUUCCCCGGCCUCACCAGCAAAGCUGUCAAUGCCCACUUCGAUCUCUGCGAGGAGGAAGAGCUCGGCAUCAGAGUACAAGCAAUUCGGGCACUUCCUCUUCUUUGCAAGGACUCACCAGAGUAUGUUUCUAAAAUUGUGGAUGUUCUUGGACAACUCCUCAUAGCUGAGGUAAAUGUGGAGCGUGAUGCAGUGCACAAAGCUCUUUUGUCUCUUUUAAGGCAGGAUCCGAAAGCUUCUUUAACAGCUCUGUUUCACCAUGUUGUGGCCAGUGAGGGUAUUCGCGAAAAAGUUAUCAGUUUUAUUAAGGAUAAGGUGUUUCCUCUCAAGGAUGAGCUCUUGAUGCCUCAAAAGGAAAUGGAAAGGCAUGUAACUGAUUUGGUGAAGAAAAGUUUACAGGAUGUGACUGGUGAAGAAUUUAAAAUGUUUAUGGAUUUCUUGAAGAGCUUGAGCAUAUUUGGAAAGGGUGCUCCUGCAGAGCGCAUGCAAGAACUGAUUGAAAUUAUUGAAGGACAGGCUGAUCUUGAUGCACAGUUUAAGGUUUUGGAUAUCGACCACAUUGAGAGAUUGAUGUCAUGCAUGUAUAUGGCUCUUCCGUUUUUUAGGAGGGGCACAUCAAACAGCAAGUUUCUCAGCUAUUUGAACAAUCACAUUAUACCAGUUUUCGACAAGCUUCCUGAAGAACGAAAAAUGGACUUGCUAAAGAACCUUGCUGAAAGUUCACCUUAUACAACACCAAAGGAUUCAUGCCAACUUUUUCCAUCUAUUGUUCAGCUGCUAAAGAAGCACAUACCUCAGAGAAAAACUGGAGAAGAGAUAAACUUUACUCACGUGGAAUGUUUAUUAUAUGCUUUUCACCAAUUAGCUUACAAGGUUCCCAACAUCACGAAUAGUCUUUGUGGCUACAGGAUUGUGACUGGUCAACCAUCAGAUAGGCUUGAAGAGGAUUUUUCAGACAAUUAUAAAGAUUUCACUGAGAGGUUGACUAACCUUGGAGAUCUAGCUGAGGCUACCAUGAAGAAACUCACUCAGGAUAUGGCAGAACAUGACAAGGCGAUGGCCAAUGCUAAGACGGAUGAGGCAAAGGCGAGCAUUCAAAUAAAGAAGCAGAAUACUAUGACUGGGUUGCGGGCCUGCAAUAAUAUACUGGCAAUGACACAGCCAUUGCAUUCAAAAUCUCUUUCAUUCAUUGGGGAAAAGAUAAUCACUCUUUCGUGGAGACCAGCCACAAAACCUUCACUGGCUUCAACAACUGCUGCAGCAGGUGACAAGCGUACUGCACCUGCUAGUUUUGGUGCAAUGGCAACCAAAAAGGGACGAGGCGAGGGCGGUAAGAGUCAUCUUGUAAACAGAGCAUUUGAAGACUCAUAUCAUGGUGGUCGGAAUGGUGCAUGGGGUCGAGGUGGCCGUGGAAGAGGACGGGGCUACUAUUAGCUUCAUCUCUGGACUCGUCCAUGAGAGAUGAACACUGUAGCAAAAGAAUUGCUGAACAUAAUUCCUCAACAAUGGUAAAGAAUAAAGAGAGAAUGGCCGUAUGCA